AUGAAGGCCAACCUGCUUUUCGUAGCCCUCGCUAUCCGAUAUGCUGCACUUGCAGCCACAAACUGGGACAUCUACGGAUACGGCAUAGUGGACACCUUCAGAUGGUCUCGCCCAUUUCCCGACGACGGCACCGACCCGGGUGGGUUUCUCGUGAACUGUCGAGCCGAGGGCACCUUUCAUGCCAUGAUGUACAAACUCAGCGAUCUCUUAACAGAACCACCGGAAGGGUUGUCUCCGUGGCAUGAUGCCAUUGAGGACUUUCUCGGUCGUCGGUCUUACAUGGGCAGUUGGGAUGGGGUUGACCAUAAGGGACACGAUCGUGAGAUCGUGGUGAUGGAGUAUGCUGGUGUGCCGGGACCUGCUAGGGAUUGGAUAGAGAACCAGCAGCGAGAUACCAGCAAGACAGACGAUGGCAAGUGGAUGUUUGCGGUAUUCAGAAAACCCGAAAACCAGACUGACAAAGUAACGGGAACCGUGAAGCCUGCCCUAACAAGAGAGGCAGCGGAUGCUCAUAAGGCCUCGCCAAUUUCCGCCAAGAACAAGAUCGUGGUGUUUCCAGCUGGUGCGAUAUACGAAAUAUUGCCUCUUUGGGUUUCUAAAGGCAGCAAAUGCGAGCCAUGGGUUACGAGCCACACAAAGCCCAGGCGGGACCUCGGCAAUCGAGACAUUACAUUUAAGAUCGAGGCAAUGGCCGUCACCGAGACAGAAGAGGGAAAACACACGCGAUUGAUGUGGGAGAAGAUGCAUCGAACCAUCAGGAGAAACGAAAGGAGGAUGCAAAGAGGAGAGCGUCAAAAAGUAAGAAAGGAGUUGAACGAGGGAAGAUUCAAGGACGAGCUUUGA